UCGUCUCCCCUCCUUCCCCUCCCGAACCCAUUGAUUCCUUUCUUUCUCCGCAUGAGAUAAUCUAUUCGACUCCAUCUGUCUGUCUGCCGGGUAAUAAGGCUGCGAGCCUCUCGCGCGGGGUGUCCAACACGCUGGAUCGUACGGAACGAAGCCUCGAGAUCCGGUCAAUUCCCAAUGAUAUGAUUAUCCUGCCGCCUCAAUCGCUUUCACAGACCACCUUCCAAUAUGACGAACAGCACACUCAAUGGGCUCUGUCCAACUCCGUUUCUGCAGGAGGGUCUCUUCCCUUCUUCCGGUGGAUUCAUCAAAGGUCGAUACUGUGAGAAGAUUCCGACACGUGGUGGUGAGGUCUCUUGUUGUCUGCCUUGUCCGUUGGGUGAAUGGAUAUAUGGCGAUGAUGUAAUUCCCAAAACCGAAGUCGCGGGCUGGACCAGCGUGGCCAUCUUACCUCUUUGUAUCUUCCUAUUAUUAUCCUACGCCGUGCUUCCGGCCAAAUGGACUCACCGUCACUACCUGAAUAUCUGCUUUACUCUUGGUAUCUGCUUCAUGGAGCUUGCAUUUAUCAUUCCCCUCGGCGCAAAACCAGAGCAAUGCCACAACGAUAUUACCCCCAAUGACAUGUAUUCUGAUCUAUCAUGCGCUUUUACCGGCUCUCUACUUUUAUUUGGAGGAUGGAUUGUUAUAAUAUGGAGUUUCAUUCGUACAGUUGCCUUUCAUCUCCAGGUUUGCUGGGAAGUCAUGCUGGGCCCCAAGUUCAUGUGGGGAGCUUUCCUCUGCGGUUGGGGAAUUCCUGCCCUUGGAACCACUUUGAUGCUCAUUUAUACCGGCGUAUCCUUCCGAUUUGGAGGGACUUGCCAUAUUAAUAUCGACCACGGCUUACAGGCUUACUGGAUCCCCAUCACUGUAUUUGCUGUUGCUGCCCUGGUCCUCCAGGUAGUUACAAUGGCAUACUGUAUCCAUGUAUAUGUCCGGUCUCUUUUCGACAAUGACACCACGACCAACAGCUCAGGCCUGCCUUCAUACUCGGCCAGCAUCACUACCGUCACCGCACGUCAAGCAUACAAGCGCAUCCGGCGGGUCCUCCAGCUCCAAUGGAGGGGCGUGGCACUUGUCUUGAUUAUCAUCGGAAACGUCAUCUUCUUUGCUGUUGUUUUCAUCAAAUUGGACAAUGCUGUGACGCCUAACGAGGCAAACGUCAAAAAGGCUAUCCCUUGGCUCUUAUGUUUGGUUACCACUGAAGGUGACAGAAAGGCCUGCGCGAAGAAAGCAGAGGUCCUCGGCCCGAAUGAAGCCACGCUUCUAGCCCUUCUCAUUCUGUUGUCACUCGUGGGCCUGUGGAAUUUUAUCCUCUUUGCACGACCGUCGAUGUUUGUCGGAUGGGUCGAUUUCUUCAGGUCAAAAUUCGGUAAAGAGCGCGAAUUUAUUUCCGCUGACCCAGAGCGCUAUACAGAUUCUCGAGCAUACGAGAUGAUUACCAACUCAACACUACCAUCGCUCAAAACGCCAGAGCCGGUAGUGAGAGCACCGAGUCCGAUACUGAAAGCUAGCCCUACUACUAGCGAGCACUAUGGACGAGAUGCUAAAUACUCUCGGCCACCUAUGAGUUUCUCACGGCCACUGCCAGCCAGUCCACAAGGUCGAGACUGGGACCCGAAAUCCACAUUUGCCCCGAGCCAUUCUCGGGAUCCUAGUGGUGCAUAAUGACUAUGAUGAUUUUCUGCUUUAUUAUUUAUUGCGCUUUGCGGUGUUGAAAAAAACUGUACAUUUCCACGGCGCAUCUGGACGAUGCACGACCUGUAUACCCUAACUAUAUUGGUGUUUGGAUUUCCCACAUUGCUGGUUGGAGUUUUGUUCUUAUUUUUUGGUCGUUGGUCGGUUGGGGGCUCGGGAUCCAGUUCUACUGUUCAAAUGGGU